AAAGCGUGCAGACAAGGGAGAAGGAUUUUUAUUUCUUUCUCUCUCCCUCUCUUUAAAUUUAUUUAUUCAUUUAUUUUCUUUAAGUACAGGGGAGAGUGAAAAGCCAAAACAAACCGACGAGAGACAGACGAACGGAUCUGGGUCAACUCCGUUUGACCGUAAAUACGAACAACUCCAGGGGCCGAAGUUGUGAAUAGGGACGUUAUGUUUAUUAAAUGUGUGUUUUAGUAGUCGCUUCAAAUAUAUUUAUAUUUAUUUGUUAAGAAAGGAAAGAGGAGAGAGAGAGAGAGAGAGAGAGAGAGAGCGCAUUCGGCUGUGUGUCGUUGCUGCUUUUGGUUUUGUUCUUGGCUUUUCGUAUAUAAGGCCCUCACUUGGCUUUCUCCAUUUUGUAAUCUCUCUCUAAGCCAUAAACAUGAGAACAAGGGGUGGGGUUUGCUAUCCUAGAGUCGGAGGAGCAGGAGAUGUGUGCUUUCAGAAGAAGAGGAAGAAGGACUUCGCCGGAGAACGCUGUGUCUGUCGGAAACGGAAUAAAAUCUCGCCGGAGACAACUACCGGCGGAGAACGCGCCUCCUCCUCCUCCUCUUCGUCGACGGCGUCGGUCGAUUUGUUCGACUCUUUACCCGACGACCUCCUCAUUCUAAUUCUCUCCAAACUCAGCUCCACCGCCAAUUCCGCUUCCGAUUUCAUCAGCGCCUCGAUAACAUGCAAGAGAUUAAACGGUUUAGCUCUCCAUUCUCUGGUGGUCUCCAAAGCUUCACCGAAGACGUUCGUCCUCAAAGCCAAGAAUUGGUCCGAGUCGGCUCACCGAUUCUUAAAGCUCUGCGCCGAUGCCGGCAACGUCGAGGCCUGCUACACUCUCGGCAUGAUUCGCUUCUAUUGUUUGCAAAACCGAGGGAGCGGAGCCUCGCUCAUGGCCAAGGCGGCGAUUGGCUCUCACGCGCCGGCACUCUACCCGCUCGCUGUCAUUCAGUUCAACGGCAGCGGCGGCUCCAAAAACGACAAGGACCUCCGGGCUGGGGUAGCGUUGUGCGCGCGUGCAGCGUUUCUUGGACACAUCGACGCGCUGCGCGAGCUCGGCCACUGCCUGCAGGACGGUUACGGAGUCCGUCAGAACAUAACGGAAGGGAGACGGUUUCUGGUCCAGGCCAACGCGCGUGAGCUGGCAGCGGUUUUGUCGUCCGCGGCAGCCUCGGGAGUGCCCAUGCGGCAGCUGCUGACGUGGACCCCACUCCCGCACCCACAUCCUCACCCUCAUCCUCAGCUGGGGCACCUGACCGGGUCGGGCUGCCCGCUGCUUAGCGACUUUGGGUGCAACGUGCCCGCUCCGGAGGUGCACCCGGCGAACCGGUUUUUGGGAGAGUGGUUCGCUGCUCGGGACGGUUCGCCUGGACCGGGUUUGAGGCUUUGCUCGCACGUGGGGUGUGGGAGGCCGGAGACUAGGAGGCACGAGUUUCGUCGGUGUUCGGUGUGUGGGGCCGUGAACUACUGCUCACGUGCCUGUCAGGCGCUGGAUUGGAAGCUGCGCCACAAGGCUGAGUGCGCCGCCGUGGAGAGGUGGGUGGAUGAGGAGGGUGAUGGUGCUGACGACGGACCUGUCAAUGGGGGUGAUGACGAAAUGGCUGAGAGUUAAAAAAAAGAAAAAAAAAAUCGACGACCGUAACGAUAACGGUAACGGUAACGGCAGGAAAAUGUGAAUUAAGACCAAGCGGAAAAAAGGAAAAAGGGAACGAGGCCGUUUUUGUGGAAAUAUAUAUGUCAAGUUAAUUAUGGCCGUUGGAAAUUUUGUUCACCCUUUGUUGUACAGAGGGGGAUCUUUGAGGGGAAGCAAGGGGCUUUUUUCUUUUUCCUGUGAUUUUUUUUCCUUUUUCUCGUUCUUUUUUUGGGGUACUAUAGAGCAACUCUAGCCUUAAUUUCGGUUAAACAAAUAUCCAAAAUUCAUGAAAAUUCAAAUGUUCUUUCUUCU